AUGGCCGACGUUCGCAGUUUUACCGUUCGACCGUUGUCCAAACAGGCUCGAAGUGAUUUCAAGGAUGCUUUUCGUGUCUAUCUCUCAUCGUCUUCCUUGGCUGCCUUGCGACUCCGAGCCGAUGAUUUGUGCACCCUGAGUUCGGCAGAAGGAGCCCCGAAGACAGCGAUUGCCUGGACUGCGGUGGAAAAUAUACAGAAUACGGUCGUGCAAACCUCGAGAGCCCUUCAAGACUGCUAUGGAAUCAAGGUUGGCGAGAAAGUCGCCAUCACCAAAAUCGACGGUGCUUUGGACGACAUCACAUCCAUCACUUUAGUUGAUUGUUCAGACCCAGAGAAGAUCACGAAACAUGGUCCGAUAGCUGCGGAAGACCGAUGCCAUUGGGAAUGGGCUCUGGAAUUCCAAUUUUUGAGAUGCGAGGUUCUCGCAGUGGGCUUGGUUUUCGAGCUAGAUCUCAAGGGUCAGCGUCGAAGUUUUCGGGUGGCCAAUAUACUCGCGCAAGGCUCGAGCGUAAGUCGUACGGUUUUUCGGUUCACCACUGCUAGCAAGAUAUCCAUUGGAACAGAAACGGCAGAGGUCGAGGAGCCUUCUUCUCGCAUCUUCGUCCAGCCUGUAGGCCUUGGUGGUCUCUCGCGGCAGGUUGAUGAUAUCAACGAAAGCCUGUCCGACUUCAACACCGAUGGACGGAAACCAGUGAUGCCAUCGUUCUAUGAGCAUAAUCGGGGAAUUCUUCUCUACGGCCCCAAGGGGACGGGUAAGACGACAUUAUUGCAACAAAUUGAGAAAGCUGGCUGGAGACAAGUCUUCAAAAUUGGUACAUCGUCUCUCGGUCGAAGCAUCAGCGAGGGCGAAGUCAAGCUUCGUAAUAUCUUCCAAGAGGCGGCUCGGGCCAAACCCAGUGUUAUUUUAAUCGAUCAAUUGGAAUUUAUCGCCCCGAAAAGAUCUUCUAUCGAAUCUCAGUCACUUGCAUCUAUUUUAUGCGAAAAUCUCGAUGCGCUUCGAAGCGCCUCGGUUCUGGUCGUGGCGGCAACUCGGCAUCCGAACCACGUUGACGAUGCACUCCGAACACCUCAUCGUUUCGGAACCGAAAUCGAGCUUCAGGUUCCGACUGCCCAGGAUCGUGCAGAGAUUCUCCGAGCGAUUCGCGGUCCGGUGUCUGCCGGAUUAAGCGAUGAACUCAUCGAUCUACUUGCAGAAAAGACCCACGGCUAUGUCGGAGCCGACCUCUUCGCUUUACUUCAACUCAUCUGCCGAAAGGCUCGGCAGCGGCAUUUACUUGAGCAUGAAUCCACGAGCCUACCAGAUCAGCUAUCGUCCCUUGUUUUGAACCCGCCUCCGGACAGCAAUGACACAGAUAGGGAGAUUCGAGUCAAUCUACUCAUCCGUGAAGCCGACAUCUGGGCUUCCUUGCAGGAAAUCCGCCCUACCGCUAUGCGUGAAGUCUUCCUAGAGACACCAAAGGUCCGGUGGUCGGACAUUGGAGGACAACAUGACAUCAAAAAGCGCUUGCAGCAGGCGGUAGAGCGACCCCUGAAGCACCCCGAACGAAUGCGCCGACUCAAUGUGAAAAGCAAAAAGGGAGUUCUCCUUUAUGGACCCCCGGGUUGCUCUAAGACACUUACCGUCAAAGCAUUGGCUACGGAGGCUGGGUUGAACUUCUUAGCUGUUAAAGGCGCCGAAAUUCUGAGCAUGUACGUUGGUGAAUCCGAGCGCUCGCUGAGAGAGAUCUUCCGCAAGGCUCGAGCGGCCCGGCCCAGCAUCAUAUUUUUCGACGAGAUCGACGCCAUUGCUGCACGACGCAGUAGCAAUGCGCAGGGAGGCGUCAACGUGCUGACCACACUACUAAAUGAGAUGGAUGGUAUCGAAGAGCUGCGCAAUGUUUUGGUUGUUGCAGCAACUAAUAAGCCGGACGUGCUGGACCCAGCCCUCAUGCGUCCUGGCCGUUUGGACAACAUUUUGUAUAUUGGCCCACCUGACUUUGAAGCUCGGAAAGAAAUUCUACGAAUCUGGGCAAGUAAGUCGGUGCUUCACCCAGAUGUCGACCUGGACGAAUUGGCUUUACGCACCGAAGGUUAUUCUGGAGCGGAAAUUGUCAGCAUCUGUGAAACUGCUGGCGAUGCCGCUUUGGACGAAGAAGAGGAUACACAACAGGAGCUUGAUGUGCAAUGGAGGCACUUUGAAUACGCCUUGGGCCAAGUUCGCCGGCAGAUCACUCCUGCUGUCAUCCAGGAAUAUGAGGAAUGGCGUGACGCGCAGAAAUAA